UUGAGAUUCUUCUCAUAUAACUGCUUAUAAAAAGCCCAAAAAGGGACAACAAUUUCUUUUUUCUCUUUUUUUAUUGGUGAUAGCGUUUGGAAUCAAGUAACAACGCGGUGUGGUGGGUCAUAUUUUCCGUCGUUAAAACUUAACACUUAAAGGUCGAAGCCGGAGCACAGGCAAAUCAGUUGCAAGGAGAGAGCACCUUUCAGUACGUAACACACAGAUACACCUUCAACACUUUGAAAAUGGCGGUGAUUAAUCAGCAGUUGGAUGAUGAUAACAACCGUGAAGCAGGAGGAAGCACAAGAAGUUCAAUUGAUGAAUUCGCUAGGGCUAAUGCUUCCAAAGAGGCGGAAAUGGAGGGGGUCAUUCGUCUAUACCUUGAAAAUAUAUGGCCUACGUUUCAUAUCAAUCUGCCGUCUGAAGAUGAGAAGAACCAUGAGGCAGGAGGAAGUACAAGUUCGGUGGAUGAACUCGCAAUGGUUUCUACUUCAACAGAUAGAAAGGCGGAAAUGGUGAUCCGCAUAUGCAAGGAAACUUUAUGGCCUAUGAUUUGUGCAGAGAUCAACGCAAAGCACCAAAACAUUCUUUCCAUGGUUAAGGAGAAAUAUGGCUUGGAUCUGAUGACAGGCAGGACAUGGAAUUCUGGUAACACAGCAAGUACUUCAGGAUCACCAGUUUUCCAAUUCCAGUUCUUAAACGGAAUCUCUACACCCGUUUCUACAAGCAAGAAUAUUGAAGGAAAGGACGAUAAACCCUUUGUAGUAGCUUUGGUUGAUCAAAGCUCAGGGCAGAUUGUCACGACUGGGACUGAAGCUGCAACAGAAAUUGAAAUAGUCGUUCUUGAGGGCGAUUGUAAUGAUUUCGAAACAGAGAAUUGGACUUCUUAUGAAUUUAACAAUAAGAUCAUCCGUGAAUGGAAAGGCAAGAAAGUGCUUCAAGGAAACACUUUCCUAAAACUAAAAGAAGGUAUUGUUUAUGUUAAUAAGAUUUCAUUCACACACAAUUCAACCUGGAAGGGAAAAAGAAUCUGUAGGCUGGGUGCAAGGUCAAAGGAUGCUAUUUUUGGCACUAGGGUAAAAGAAGCAAAAACAGAAUCCUUUCUCGUUAAAGACAAACGCAAUUUCAAGUACAACAAGCAUGAGCAUCCAUCCUCAUCCGACGAAGUGUAUCGAUUACAUGGGAUCAACCAUCGUAGUGAUUGCUUUAAACAUUUGAUAAAAGCAAACAUAAAAACUGUGAUGGACCUCCGUACUCUCAAUGCAAUUAAUCCAGAGAAGCUCAAAGAUAUACUUAAGGUUCGUCCUAAUGACUGGAAGAUCAUAAUGGACCAUGCACACAAGUGUAAGGACGAUAAUGGGAUAUACUUGUACCUUAAUUCAAGAGAUGAUCAAAACAAACAUGGUGUGGCUUUUAAUGUUUAUGGACAUUUGGUGGGAUUAGUUUCCGAUUCUCUCUUCCUUCCUUUGGAUGAGCUUUCCAACGAGAAAAAGGCUGAUGGUGAAAAGAUAGUAGUAUCAGCAUCUGAACAGUGGAGGGAAGUCGUCUUUUUCGAAGAUGAGGCUUCCCUCAUUAACCAUCUUCAGCCGCCCACCAUUACCACCCUGAACUCAUUCCCUUAUGGCGACCUUAACUUGGUGAUUCCUCAGAAAAACAAUCCCACAAGACUUAUUACAACCAUCGAGAGCCACCGGAAAAGUAAUUUUAUUGUCGGAGUAACGCCAAUGGGUGGUCAAUCAAGUCAAAACCGCAAACGGCUUGCAUCUGAACACGCUAUCUCAAACUCCCCUAAAAAACCGAGAGAUGAAACCGAUGAUGAAGAUUUUAUGCAGUAUCUUAAUUUUUCACAAUCACAGGCACAAAAAUGGAAGACGUCUGUGUGGUGUGUGGUAGGUUGGAUUUCCAUCUUCUCAAAAGUACGCAAUCCAUCAACUGUUACAAAUGGUCUUUGCAGCCCAAUCCAGCACGUGCAGAUUUAGAGAGUCUGUUUUGUAGAAUGAAGUGUUUUUUUGUUUACAAAAUGACCCAUUUUGUAAAUAGUUAGGUUUCCAAAUUACGACCCUUGCAAAGUUGAGGAGCUGAUGGCUGUGCGUUUGAUUCCUGUUGUUGUAGAUUAAGAUUGGUUACGUUUCAAGUCUCGAGUUGUUUUCAAGGAUUAAUUUCUAGUUGUUUCAGUAUUUAUUUGAAAACUAUAAUAUUGUGUUGA